GACAGAGCCGCACCGCUGUCCGCCGCCGCCGCCGCCGCGGCCCUGCCUUGUUCUCCGCCGAGGGCGCCCUGCCAGCGCAGACAUGGCCAAGUGGGGCCAGGGGGACCCGCGCUGGAUCGUGGAGGAGAGGGAGGACGGGACCAACGUGAACAACUGGCACUGGACAGAGCGAGAUGCCACCAGCUGGUCCAAGGGGAAGCUCCGCGAGUUCCUGGUGGGCAUCGUCGUGGAGAAUGAGGAUGGUCGCUGCCAGAUCAGUGAGCUGAAGCAGGUGGAAGGCGAGGCUUCCUGCAGCAGCCGCAAAGGGAAGCUGAUUUUCUUCUAUGAGUGGAACAUCAAACUGGGUUGGAAAGGUAUAAUUAAAGAAUCUGGUGCGAAGCACAAGGGAUUGAUUGAAAUACCCAACCUUUCUGAAGAAAAUGAAGUAGAUGACACUGAGGUGAACGUGAGUAAAAAGAAAGGAGAUGGGGAUAUACUGAAGGAUCUUAUGAAAACUGCAGGCACCGCCAAGGUCAGGGAGGCCCUUGGAGAUUACCUGAAGGCACUAAAGACGGAAUUUACAAUGGGAAUGAUUUUACCAACAAAAGCUACAGCAACACAGGAACUGACUAUUAAAAGGAAACUGAGUGAGAAUACCUUGCAGACUCAGGUACCCCUGGGAGUGAGGAUCCCGACGGUGGCGCUGCACAUGACAGAACUGUUUGACACAGCUGUGGAGCGGCUGUACCGCAUCUUCACUGUGAAAGAUUUGGUGCAAGAAUUCUCUAAAUCUCCUGCCAUAAUAGAAGCUGAAAAGGGAGGGAAAUUCCAAAUGUUUGAUGGGAACAUCACUGGUGAAUAUAUAGAACUGUUAACAAAUGAAAAGAUUGUCAUGAAAUGGAGAUGUAGGAACUGGCCAGAAGAACACUAUGCAACAGUUAUACUGAAUUUUGUGCCUACUCUAGGGCAAACGGAAUUACAAUUGGACUGUAAAGGAGUUCCUGUCUGUAAAGAAGAGAAUGUGAAAUUCUGUUGGCAGAAGCAGCAUUUUGAAGAAAUAAAAGGUUUACUGCAGCUGACUACCCUAAAUGGCUGAAUUAGAUUUUAUAAGGGCAUUAUUUUGUAAGCAGAAAAAGUUGUCAUUACUUCUUCCCUAUUUCUUUUCAGAAAGGAAACAAAACUCUUAAUUUAUAGUGGAUGAAAUCCAUGAACUUUUACACAAUUUAAAGCAUUGUUUGAAUCUUUACUGUGAUUAGACUCUGCAUUGAAUUAGAAGCAGCAAGCAACCUGAAAUUAAGAAUUUAACCUUACCUCCCAUAGAUGCUCCUCUGGGAAAAAGACUGAAUCCAUGAGUAUAGAUAGUUGAAGUUUCCCAACCUUAAGCUUGUCCUUGUAGCAAGCUUACUUUCAGCUGUAGUUUUAGUUCAGGAAGACAAAAAUAAGUGGCAUGUUGAUAUCAUUCCUUUAUUUACUUCAGGGUUUGUAAGGUGGGUAGCUCUUAGGUAGUGAAACAGUGGCAUGUUGCACUCAGAAGCAUGUUCAAGUGAGGACGAGUUGGUUGUACUGUUAACACUUCUCCCUGCAGCAGUUAAGCAUUU